AUGCAUCUCGCUCGAUCGGUGUUGUUUUUGUGUUCUGUAGCAGCAACAGCAGUAGCAGCUCUCAACGGAUCCUUUCUGUGUCCGGAAGACCAACACGUGGCUUGGUGCUCGGUCUAUUCCUGGCAAAUCCAAGGGUAUGCUGCUCUGAAGCCCAACAACAACAAGUCGUCGUCGGUCCUGAAACAACGAAGUUUGAUUGUCAACUCGAGACAUCUAAAGGAAUGUGUUGUCCAACAAGCUUUGAUCCCAUUGGAAAACCAGUCUCUGAAGAGUUCUUCAUUCAACAAAAAUGCUCGUUUGAUAUAACCAAACCUAUCUAUUAACCAAGCCUUAGUUUUCUUCUUCUUUUUCUUCUUUGACUACU